AUGAGAAAACUGAAGCGGAGUGGAAGUCAAAACGAGGUAGUUGUCGUUAGUGUCAAAGGAGAUCGUAAUGGAGAACAGUUUGUAGAACUGUUCGAGAAAAAGCGCAAGAAGUAUAAAGUCCACGUACAAAGCUACAUUAAGUUGGAAAUUGACGAGUCGUUAAAUUCCUCUUUGGUGGCACGAUUUGAAGAAGUCACGUCAAACAUUGUGAUCCUCUAUGCUACAAAACCACAUGCAUUCUCAAUUUUUGCCGCCGCUUCUGAAUCGCUCGAAAAGAACAAGGUAUGGAUGGUAAACGAAGCCGCCAGUAAAGCUAAUAAUGUACCUGAUGGGGCGAUUGCUAGCCGUCUUAGUCAGACACCACUUUCUGCGCUUCGGAAUUCAUUUGCCUCAAUACGGAAUGGGUUAAGAUUUCUGGAUUCUCUGAACGGGACGAUUAAUCCGCCAACUGGAUGUGGAAAGGACCCUUCUCUAUCUAUAUGGGUCAACGAUCACGGUCCACACCUACUAAGCGCCAUCUGUUCAACCGCGACCAGCAAAAUCACAUUCAACGAGCAAUGUGAAAGGAUCAGCGUGGACUACGAUAUAGUCAAUUAUAAUGAGGGCUAUAGAGAAGUUGGAGUAUUGCAUGGCUCUAGCCUUCGUCUCUCGGAACAGACCAUUCAUUGGGCAGGAGGUGGUGCAAAGCCGCUCGAGAUCACCCUCCCGAAACAUCUUAGAGCAGUCACAAUCCAUGAUCCGCCGUUCGUUUACACCACUCCAAUUAUUUCUCUAACCGAAUGCAAGAACCUUGGGCCCGUUGCUGUCGUAUUGACCAAUAUGGACGCGGUCAAAGUGGACGGGCCAUGGUACCCAUGUCCAAAAUAUGCCUACAAUCAUACUUCUCAUCACUGCUGUGCAGGAUAUGCAAUAGAUUUGUUGUCCAAUUUGUCACUACCAGAGCCCAACACCACUAUUGACACGAGUUUCACGUUCUCCCUACACUUAAACGACAGUUAUGGAGCUGUAAUUCUUGGAGAAAAGGGCUACAUCCUUACUGGCGCACUGGGCGAACUGGACAGUGAUCAGGCAGACCUGGCUAUUGGUGGAAUGACAAUCAAUCCUGAAAGGGAAAGGUUCAUCAGUUCUUUCAUUUAUUGA